UUAUGGUUACAAUGUCACCGAGUCUCUUAAUCUCUCCUUUCUUCUUCUACCAGCCAUGGCCGCGAUUGGCUUCGUCUUCCUCUUCGCGCUGUUGCUAUCACCAGCACUCCAAUGCGAAUCUCUGACCGCGAACACCUGUAGCAGAGAGGAGCUCGAGUCUCUGACUCGUGAGUUACUCGAUUCCGCGAGGGAGUCUCGGUUCUUCGAAUGGAUGAGAGGGAUCAGGAGGAGGAUUCACGAAUAUCCAGAGCUAGGGUUCGAGGAGUACAGAACGAGUCAACUCAUCCGAGAAGAGCUGGACUCGGUUGGAAUCAGUUACAAGUGGCCGGUCGCUAAAACUGGAUUGGUGGCUUCAAUCGGGUCCGGAGAACAACCGGUUUUCGCUCUCAGAGCAGAUAUGGAUGCCCUACAUUUGCAGGAAUUGGUAGAAUGGGAACAUAAGAGCAAGCAUGAUGGAAAAAUAUCAAUUAUUCGUGUGGUGACAAUUGGAUUCAUUGAGGCUGGCCAAGCGGAAAAUGUAAUUCCGGAAACUGUAAGAUUUGGAGGAACUUUGCGAAGCAUAACAACAGAAGGUCUACAUUAUCUUCUACAGAGGACCAAAGAGAUCAUUGAGAUGCAAGCAAAAGUUCAUCAGUGCAGUGGUAGAGUAGAUUUUUUAGAAGAGAAAAUGAGGCAUUACCCAGCAACGGUAAACGAUGAAGCAAUGUAUAAGCAUGCAAAGAGGGUUGGAGAAUCCAUGGUUGGCCAACACAAUGUUCAUCUUCUUCCAAUCGCCAUGGCAGCCGAGGAUUUCGGCUUCUACUCACAGAAAACAGCUGCUGCAUUUUACGCGAUAGGAACUGGCAACCAAACCAUAAACUCGUCGACUAACCACCUCCAUUCAUCCUACAUGGUUGUCGACGAGGCUGCUCUACCCUUCGGAGCAGCUCUUCAUGCUGCAGUCGCCAUCUCUUACAUUAAUGAGAAGACGGGUUGAUUAGAAAAUCAAAUGCUUGUUGUGUUUGGUUUGAACUUAUUUUUUUUUUAUUUAAUUUUUAAUUUUUUAUUUAAUAUGAAAAGUAACAUUACAUAAAUGUUUUGUAUGCUUGAUGUAUAAUCGAAUUGAGUUUAAUUAUAUCUUCAAUUCUAUAA